AUGUCUUAUUGUCCGGUUCGAGUUAGUUCACAUGCUGGAAGCUGGUAUUCAUCAGAUGAUAUACAGUUGUCAUUACAGCUAGAAAAUUGGUUAGAAAGUUGUGAAGUUACUGUUCCUGAUCUAUGCUCCAUUCGAGCUCUUAUAGUUCCUCAUGCAGGAUAUCGACACUCUGGUUUAUGUGCAGCUCAUGCAUAUCGUCAGAUAAGAGCAGAAAAAGUAGAACGUAUUUUUAUCAUAGGCCCAUCACAUCAUUUGGAUAUUGGAGAUACAUGUGCACUAACAUGUGCAUUAGAAUAUGAAACUCCCUUUUAUAACUUAAAAAUUGAUAUUGAUAUAUACAAUGACUUAAAAAAACACAAAUGCUUUAGCAUUCUCAAUAAGAAACAAGAUGAAGCUGAACAUUCUGUGGAAAUGCAACUACCUUAUAUUGCGCAUAUCAUGAAAAGUCGUAAGGAUCAAUACUCUAUAGUACCGAUUGUGGUUGGUUGUUUAUCGUUUGAAAGACAAGAAUUCUUUGGGAACCUCCUAUCGCACUAUCUCGAGGAUGAAAGGAAUCUUUUUGUUAUAUCUUCAGAUUUCUGUCAUUGGGGGAAGCGCUUUCGAUAUCAGUAUUACAAUAAAUCUGACGGUGAGAUAUGGCAGUCUAUUACGAAGAUGGAUCAUUUUGGUUUAGACGCAAUACAAAGUCUUGAACCUACAAAAUUUGUAGACUACCUUAAAGAAUAUAAUAAUACAAUAUGUGGCAGAAGAGGAAUAGGUAUACUGUUAUAUAUGGUUGCCGCAAUUCGUCAAAGAAAAUCACCUAAUAUGCAACUUAAAAUUCUACAUUAUACUCAAUCUAAUCGUUGCCAGUCAAUAGAAGAUUCAUCAGUAAGUUACGCUGCAUGUGCUUUAAUUAAUAGGAACUAA